CACCGCUAAAGCCGCUAGCUUAGCGCUGGUGUACUUUUCGUUUCACAGGGAGGAGUCAGACAUUAGUUUCUUUAUCAAAGUGACAUGUUCGUGACGUUAUUACUAAUUCUACGACAUGUAUCGCACCGUGUGUCCAUAAUGUAGCCCGUCUGCGGUGUCGACAUAAAGCUAUCGAUCAGCGACCAGAUAUUUCUCGAUAAAAGGUCGAAGGAAACAGGAAGGCGGAACAAGACCGCAGAGUCAGUCCAAAUAAAAACACGACAAUCCAUAACCAAAACAACCCACACUGGCUGUUCACACAACCUUGUCUGCUUCCAUUUCGACGGUAAAUAAUUCACCUGAAGCGUUCGAACAGAUCGUCUGCCGCCACCACAUGCGACCAUGUCCAUGGCCCUGAAACAAGUCUUCAACAAAGAUAGGACAUUCCGGCCCAAGCGCAAGUUUGAGCCCGGGACGCAGCGCUUCGAGCUGCACAAGAAGGCCCAGGCGUCCCUGAACGCCGGCCUGGACCUGAAGCUGGCUGUGCAGCUGCCCCACGGCGAGGACCUCAACGAUUGGGUGGCCGUCCACGUGGUCGACUUCUUCAACCGCAUCAACCUCAUCUACGGCACCAUCAGUGACUCGUGCACCGAUCAAACCUGCCCGGUCAUGUCGGGCGGGCCCAAGUACGAAUACCGCUGGGCAGACGAGCACAAGUACAAGAAGCCGACCGCCCUGUCGGCUCCCAAAUACAUGAGCCUGCUCAUGGACUGGAUCGAGGUACAGAUCAACAACGAGAACAUCUUCCCCACCAACGUCGGUACUCCCUUCCCUAAGACAUUCAUGCAGGUGGCUAAGAAGAUUUUGUCGCGUCUGUUCCGGGUGUUCGUGCACGUCUACAUCCACCACUUUGACCGCGUGAGCCAGAUGGGGGCAGAGGCUCACGUCAACACCUGCUACAAGCAUUUCUAUUACUUUGUCACCGAGUUCAACCUCACGGACCACAAAGAGCUGGAGCCCCUGAAAGAGAUGACCUCUCGGAUGUGCCACUGAGGGACCUGCGGACACGGCGAAUGGAUGCAUCCGUCCAUCUCGAAGACUGCAUUGGAGAACGGAAAACGAGCAAUCAAAUCCAGAGUCUAUUUUUAUAUUUAAGUACUGUAAUCUAUUUUAGCUGCAUACUGUAGGUUUAACCAGGAAGCCUGUUGCGCCAGGGCGUCCUGCUCCUUCUGAACAGUUUUCAGACAUUUUAUCAGAGCACAGUAUUAAGAGGUCUAUGUUU